UUUACCCGACUGUCUAGACGUACGUCCAUUGCGAACAUCAGCAGACGCGAGUUAACAUCUUAGUGAGCCGGUAACAUCGAGGUUUGCUUGUCUCUAUACCACCUUACCAUCAUGGGUGAGACGGAGAAGCAGCCCGAACAACCCAAGGCUGUCCAGCAGAAAAUGGUCAUCGCUAAUAAGGUGACGGGAACUGUGAAAUGGUUCAAUGUCAAGAGUGGAUAUGGCUUUAUCAAUAGGAACGACACGAAAGAGGACGUGUUCGUGCACCAGUCGGCGAUUGUUAAAAACAAUCCCAGAAAAGCCGUACGCAGCGUGGGAGACGGGGAGGUUGUUGAGUUCGACGUUGUUAUCGGUGAGAAGGGUCACGAGGCCGCUAACGUAACCGGCCCAGCUGGUGAGGCGGUGAAAGGUUCACCCUAUGCCGCGGACAAGCGUCGCGGAUACCGCGGUAUUCACUGGGUGUAUCCGAGACGUGGCAACGGUCGACCGCAGAAUCGUAGGUCGCGGGAGGGCCAGGAGGGCCAAUACGACGCAGGAGAGGGGAAAAUCGGAGAGGACGCCAGUGCCGACGGGGGCGGGCAGCCCCAGCAGCAAAGACGGUACAGACUCCGCCGUCACUAUGACGGAUACUACCGCGGUGGGCGUCGGUCCGGGCCGAAUCAAGGGCAACAGCAGGGGGAUGCUGGCGAAGGUGGUGAACAAGGAGAAGGAACCGGUGGCGAGGGUGGCGCUCCGCCGCGCGGUGGCGGCCGCGGACGCGGUGGUCCAUCACGACGUUACUUCCGCCGCAAUUUCCGCGGGGGGAGAGGCGGUGGCCCGCCACGACGUCCUCGCAGUCAGGAUGGCCAGUCGGAGCAGAAGUCUGAUGCACCUAAAGAUUCGGAUGCACCUGCCGCUGCCCCUGCUCCACAGGAGAGCCAGCCGGUGCAGAACACCACCACCGAAAGCACCGCCUAACUGUGAAUUUAACGCGCUAUUACCGCAGGACAUCCUUUCUAACUACAUAUAACACCAACACCCGUUAUACACCGCAGCAUCAAGAACUAUAAAACAAUUUCAACAAAAAAAAAUCUUAAAAAAGAAAAAUAUUAUAACAAAAAAAGCAACAAACACUACAACACCUCUCUCCACGGCCACCAUUUAAAAUAUGAGUGAAAAGUGAGGGGUGUACAGCCGCGCCUAAUGUGCCCCUUUUCAGCGAGAUAACGGUAGCUUCUUCAUCUUGAGAAUCUAGGCUAGGGCAAUCUAGUAUCUAGACUCUUUAACUUUUAGCCGUUUCGCUGAGAGAACUCAUUAGGAAUGGCCGCGUGCUUCUCGUUUCGGGAAUUUUUGGACAGAAGGGUAAAGCAAUCACGGGGUACGGAGCGACGAAUUCGAGCGCGGCAAGAGAUAGACCUAUAUAUAUACACACAUAUAUAUAUACCUUUUUGUUUUUGUUUUUUGUGUAUUUCUUGUUUCGUAUAUUACUUCUGAUUUUUCUCCGGCAGGGCGUAUUAUAAAUCGUUUCACAUACAUACGCGAUAUUUGAGUUUAUUGCUACAUUUCCGCGAGCUUUCUUCACUUUCGGCGACUUUUCCAUCAAAAGGAGUAGUGAAAACCGAUACGUGGAUACUGCUGGUAAACGAGAAUCCCGCCUGAACAUUUGCCCGUUGUCUCGAAGUCGGUCGUUUCUCUUCGGCUUAUAUUUCGAAAUUGAUGAGCUUACCGUAUUGCUUUACUUUCACUCAUUCAGUAUAAGAGUUGGCGGCACCGUCACCACAUCGUUGUCCUCGAGUAUUUUCAAGUCGCACUGCCAAUUGCAGGGUGACCGCAUUGUUCGGUAGGCGUCGAAUUGAGCGCGCAGUACUUGGUACUCGAGGACGACUAUGCGGCCCGUGGUUCCAAUUUUCUUAUUCAUUACUCUAUCCGCUCUAUCCGAUAAAACAUUAUUGUAAUAGCAUUUAUCAUGGUCGUAUUUUUACAAUUGUUAAUAUCGGCCCCUGGUGGGUCACCAGCGGUAUACUAUUAAUUAGCGAUUAUUAUUUCGACUCUAAGCAUUAGCCAGAAAAUUGGGCGCGAAAACUCGCGAGGUGUCACACGCAGCGAGUUUUCCUCGCGAGCAGCGCGCGAAGAAUGUCACAUACGUGAAAUGUGGUUCCGUUCUUUUUUUCGACAAAGUAACUGUGUACACUUGUAUUCUUCUCUGCGUUUGUGCGUGUUAUUGGGCCAAAAGGCACUUGUGUCCAGUCGCGAGCGGGACGGCUCCUCAUUGUGAUACCUCAUAGACUUAAGCGCGUGUAUAAAUCGUCCGGUCGUUUCUGGAAUUGACGUCGGUCGCACGUGCACCGGGCAAGUCGUUUUUUUUUUAAACAUUAAAUCGCUGACCGCUUGCAUGCGGUAAUCGACUCGAUUUAACUUUACGGAAGCCGGGCGUAUCACGUACCAUCGGCUCGACCGACAAUACGAAUAUCGUAGACUGUCAAGAGUACGAGGGACAGCGCGAACAAACGUAAAAACAAUAUCUUUUCAUGCAUGUAAACAAUUUUUAAAAUUUUAGUUUGUAGUAUCGUCAACAGACGGACAUAUAAAAUAAAUAUACCUUCUAAUUUGAGUAAAAAAAAAAUGAAAAAGAAAAAUUGGAGCAUUUCUAUAUUUGGCAAAAUUUCAUUGGCAUCUGAUCUCCGUCUAUAUCCAGGCGACACAAAGUUCAUUAACGGCACCGCGAGGGUCCACUAGAGUGACAAAUCCUAAAUCACGUCCUCGUGUCGUUUGGAUGUAGCGUCACCGAUGUUACACGGUGUUUAUUGUUUCCGUCGUCGUGUAGUAGUUUUGUACUCGUCGACCGGUGAUGCGCAAAGUGUAUUCGCGAGUGCGGGACGAUUUUCGGAUGACGCCGCGCGCGGCAAGACGCGCCCGGCGUGCGCGAGAUACGAGCGGGAACGCAUUUUUUUUUCCUUUCGAGAGAGAGAGAGAGAGACGCACGGGCGUCUCGUGAAUUUUAUGCGCGCGACAGUUCGCGCGUCGACGGAUAUAACAUGCAUAAUCGCGAAUACAAUUUGUCCCACUCGCCACCGCCUAUACGCGGUGGGCGCGCCGGCAGGAGGAUUCCGCCCAGAGACGUCGCCGUAUAUUAUCACCAUGAUCGUCUUUAAUUGUGUCUCACUGUCCUUACCACGUCCCGUUUGUCAAGUAGCGUUUGCCGCGCCACCAAAACCCGAGUGUGUUGAGUCUUCGUAAAAUUGCAUAAUAUCUUUUGUUUUGUGUAAGCGAAAAUCUGGGAGAUCGGGAGGUUCCGUCUACCUCGUCGGAGGUGCGAAACGCCCGAUCGGUCAGGGUUAGCGGUUUAAGGGAAUAAUAAGAGAAGAAAAAAAAAGAGGGAAGAGAGCGGGAGAGAAAGAGAGAGAGAGAGUGCGUGCGUGAGUGUGGUGCCAAGUGGAGAGAGAUAAACACGCGGUUACGUUACGGCGGACGCGCGUUCGUGAUAUUUGUAUGUGCUAGCACUUUACGACCGAAUAGCGGAGCUGAAAGUGAAAUAAGCGAGGCGAUCGUAAGCGCCGAUCCCAUUCCGAAGUCGCCGUAAUGUUCCUUUUUUUUUUCGGUCUUCAUUCGACUCUGCGAAAGAAAACCCAGCGGACGCGAGAGAUGCUUAUCGAUCGACGCGUCACCCCCCGCGUUUUCCGCUUUUCUAUUACACCGCAAUCCGCGUCCGCUGGGACAAAAGCCCGUGGCGACUCUUCGGGCCGCGUUGUUUAACGUAAUCACCCUCCGUUGUCUAACGUAACCGCGCGUUCCCACGAAAAAAAAAAACACGGUAGAAAGAAAUAUACAAAAAAAAAACGCAAAAAGAAAUCCAAGCGAGAGACGGCCUCUCGAGACAGCGGAAGGGAGAGAGGCGCGGAACAAGCAAAAAUUUUCAAGCGGCACGGCCGAGCGUGGGCGUGCGGUUGUAACUGCAAAAAAAGAACAAUGCAUGUGUUAACAGUGAAUAUCAGAGUUAAAACGAAAACCAAAAGCCGUGAGGACUAAAACCCGAAGGAAAACGAAUCACGAGCGAAUCCAGCAGCUAAACUUCACACACGCGGUUAAAUAAAAAAGAAAAGAAAGAAAGCACACACACACACA